AUUACGUGAGCCUAAAAGUGGAACGCAUGCAAUUAUUCUUUUAUAUCUAUGCACUAGUUUUAUAUCAUGCUGGGAGUAAAUUUCGAUUCUUACUAAGGGUUGCAGAUGUCUUUGUAUACCGAACAAAAUGAUUGUUUGUUUAAUUGCAGGAAAUGUUAAGGGCUAAAAAGUAGCGGGGAUCAGUAAAGGAAGAUUCCAUCAAGUUAACAUGGAGACCCAAAGCAGACAUCGCACCCACAGACAUUGUUACAGUGAUACUGCUGUGUUGUGUUUAUCAAAGAGAACCAGGCAGAUAUGUACACGAUCAAAUAGUGAUAGUGGACAAUUAGAAACAUAUUCUAAUGACCUUUAUUUUGACAGAAAAGUUCAAACAUUUAAGCAAGGUCAAAUGACGAAAAAGACAGAACAAAAAGCAAGAUGUUGCAGGUUAUUCCAAGUGUAUAGCUGUUGUCUUGAAGUACAGAAAUAUUUUCGUAAGAAGUUGAAGCUUAUUCUUGCAUUUCUGUACUUAUGUCUCAUAGUCGGGCAGAAUGUUUACAAUGUGAAAUUCAAAAAGGAUCAGAAACAUUUUGAACAAGACAAAAUUUGUGAAAACUUUGUUUUAGCUGAUCUGUUGAAGGAAAAUAAUCAUUUUGAACAAGACAAGAUUGGUGACACCUUUUUGUUGGGUGAUAUGUUGAGGUUCCAUUCGUUUUUAUUGUCUGUGGAGAUUGUGAUGCCUUCUAAUAUGGACAAGUACUUUAAUAACAUGGCAAACGGCCAAAGUCAAAGAGCUAAUGACUCGAUGUCAGUUGAAAUGAUACGAAUAUAUUCACUACGUAAUUUUCCGCGAAACAUAAACAUAAGCAUGAUUCGUCUUGCACGAGCUGGAUUUUAUUCCACCGGAAAUUCCACUGAAACUAGAUGUUUUCGAUGUGGAGUAACUUACCGCAACUGGAUUUCUGGAGAUGAUCCUAUGCAUAUUCACAGACAUCUCUCGCCUACCUGUGACCUCGUUUUAAAUGGUGAUGGACGGGACAAUGUUAGAGAGGAAUUGCAAAAUACUAGAAGACAGGAUAUAUCAAUAGGGAAUGUAUCAUUGCGUUCAAAUGAAAACAUUGGUUCGUUAAAUAAUGUAACCAGCAGACAGCAUCAUCAUGAUGUUAGUCAUAUUAAUCCGUCUGCUAGAAAUUUUAGCCACCAUAAUACUGUGAGAGAUAAACCCACUGAAAUUUCAAUUCAAACGAUACAAAGCCAUGAUAGCAACACUAAAACUAACGGUUAUAAAACUCCCACCAAUAACUGUAAAAUCAAUUCACAGAAUAUUGCUUUAAGUAAUAAUUCGCCAGCGUCUGAUUAUGAAAGGAAUUGCAGUAAUAAUCCGGAAGGUAUCGAUAGUCAAAAUCAAAUUCCAAGAUACGUAAACUAUUCUCCUCUUCAAAUACGAAUAAGUUCAUUUGAAGGAUGGCCAGGAUAUUUGAACCAAACACCGCGUGCGAUGGCGUUAGCUGGAUUCCUGUUUGAUGGGUACCAUGAUUACACAAGAUGUUUCCACUGUGGUGGAGGACUGAGAAACUGGGAAGCAGGUGAUGACCCAUGGGUUGAGCAUGCACGUUGGUUCCCGCAAUGUGGGUUCCUACAAAUAAACAAGGGAGAGAACUUCAUACAAGCUGUAUUGAAAAAGCAUAACAUGGAACAAAGAGCUAAAGGAAACAGCACCUUCAGUCCUAAAGUAGAUAGAACUGUAACAUCUAAUAAGAAUGCAACCACGUCUUCUGCCUCUGUGUCCGGUUUUGACCAGAGUAUUAUGUGCACGCCUAGUCUCCAUGUACCAGAACAAGCAAAAUUCAUAAAUACCUCAUCGGGCAUAGAAACACUUACUAAUAAUGAUAGAACCACUUCUGCUUCUAGGGUGAUUAAUACUAAUUCUGAUUCUACAACAAAUAUAGAACAUACAGAGAGGAUAUUACAAACUAUCGCAGCUAGAACUGUUUUAGAGAUGGGAUUUACCAGCCAUCAAGUAGUCGAUGCUGUACGUGAAAUUCAGAGAUUGAACUCAGGUGACGGAGGUACACAUAUUUCAGCAACAGAUAUAAUGAAUGUUCUCCUAAGAGAGGACAACCACCAAACAACAGAAGUUUUGAAUGUUACGGAAACUAGCGCAGCGGAAGGAAUGGCUGGCGCUUCUUUUGAUGACACUGAUUUGAUUUUAGAAGAAAACAGACAGCUUCAAGAACAAAGACAGUGUAAAGUGUGUAGAGAGUUUGACUCUACUGUCGCUUUCUUACCAUGCGGACAUAUCGUAUGUUGUACAGACUGUGCUCCGGCAAUGCGUAAAUGUCCCGUAUGUAAAACGUAUGUUAAAGGUACUGUGAAGACAUUCCUUGCAUGAGGUGAAUUAAAGGAUUUUGACGAGUAAACUGAUCGUUGAUUUGAAAACGCACUGAAUAUCUCGUCAAUGUAUUUGCACAAUAAACUAGAACAGACAUUUACAUUCGUUUAAACGUAAACGUACAGAUUGUCCAUCUACUCCAUCCUUUCAUCUAUUGCAUGAAGUAUUCAACGAUGAAAUUAACAAGCAGAAGGAAAUAGUCAUGAUCAGAUUGUUGUGACUGUGAACAAUUCUUUUAAUAAAAAUAUUAACUCAGACAACAUCGCAGUUAUCUUACCUAGUUGAUGGAAAAACUUUUGUUGUUUUCACAGCGACUAAAGAUAGAUAUUAAAAACGCAUAGUCAUUCUACUUCAACCGUCGCAAUGACUGUUCUGGUUAUACUUAACUAGAUUUUUCUUGCUUUAUUUAAUCAAUGAAAGUUUUUUUUGGUAAACCCUAAUUGAAAUGUUUUACUUUGUUAAAGAGAUUUUUAAAAGAUGUAAAUAUUUGAA